AUGAAAAGAUAUAUCCUCAUUAACAACACGUUUUGUAAUACGAAAAAGGCAAAAGUGGCAUGCCAUUAUGAAGGCGAACUAAACGCCAAAGGAUGCACGACCGUGCCUGUUUUUUUUGACCUUAAUAAAAUCUCUUGCAAAAAGGUGGAAGAUGAUAUAGAACAAAGAAAAAAAUUAGAUAGAUUGUAUUUCUUUCACAUAGAAGAAAAUGGAAAGCGAAGAAAAAUAAAUUUUUUGAAUUUCUCCAACGAAUUCGAUGAGAGCGGCACACACAGUCGUAACUGCGUCGCGCCGUCAAGUGACGGUGCCUCCUGCCCUACACCCUCCAUCAACGACUCCAGGGACGAAGCCGGCACCAUCAAAAUGAGCAGGCACACACAUCUGGAUCAUAACAGUAUCCCAACUAAACAAGAAUCCAUUUUAUUAAAAGGGGAACCCCUCCAUUUGCACAGCGUAGAAGAUGGAGAAAAUUAUUGUGCAAACAAAAAAUAUAAUCACAUAAAAAAUAAGUAUUAUGAAAAAAUAAACAGUUUGUUGAAACAGGUACAUAUGAGCCAAAUUUCAAGAAGGAACAAUAGUUCCCGUAAGGGUAUGCAUGUCUGCGAGGAUGUUCAUGCAAAGCACUAUAUAUGA